AUAAUAACAUUAUAUUUCAGACUAGGAAUUUUUAGGGAGGAGAGGUGGCAAAUGCUUUGCAAGCCUCAACUGUUGCAACCUCUGGGAGGGCUAUGAGAGAAAAAACAGCCCCAGCCUGACAGGACUGCAGGCAAAUCUGUGUCCUCAGGGGAGAGGCUGGUUUAAGAAGAGGAAGGGAGCCUUCAGAGAGAGAUUAAAGCUAUAGAGGUUUCCUUGAUGAUGGAGUGAGUUCCCGAAGACUUCACCAGUUACACAAGGUGAUGGAGUGCCCAGUGAUGGAAACUGGCUCACUUUUUACCACAGGAAUUAAGAGACAUGUGAAAGACAAAAGAAUUUCAAAGACUGCUAAGUUGAAUGUUUCUCUUGCUUCAAAAAUCAAAACAAAAAUAAUAAACAAUUCUUCUAUUUUCAAAAUCUCUUUAAAGCACAACAACAGGGCAUUAGCUCAGGCUCUUAGUAGAGAAAAAGAGAAUUCUCGAAGAAUUACAACUGAAAAGAUGCUAUUGCAAAAAGAAGUAGAGAAACUGAAUUUUGAGAACACAUUUCUUCGCAUGAAGCUAAAUAACUUGAAUAAGAAGCUUUUAGAAAUAGAAGCUCUCAUGAACAAUAAUUUGAUAACUGCAAUUGAAAUGAGCAGUCUUUCUGAGUUCCAUCAGAGUUCUUUUCUACUGCCAGCUAGCAAGAAGAAACGGAUUAGUCAACAGUCCAAGUUGCUGCGUCUUCCAUUUGCAAGGGUUCCAUUAACUUCAAAUGAUGAUGAUGAUGAUGAUGAUGAUGAUGACGACAAAGAGAAACUGCAGUGUGACAACAAUAUUAAAUCAAAGACAUCACCUAAUAUUCCCUCUUCAGUAUCAACAAGACAACCUUUAUCAACUCAGUGUAAUUUGGAAGUGUCAUUUCUUAAAGAAAAUAAUCAGAAUGUAUGUGGUUUAGAUGAUUCAGAAUAUAUUUCUUCUGUUGUUGAUGUACUACUUCCCAAAGAAAGCCAUUAUCACUCAGAUCAAAGUUCCAAGAGUUCUCUAAUGAGUGAGAUAAGAAAUGCCUCACCUGUAGGCCAUAGAUGGGAAUCAUCUCCUAGUAACGUGACUGAAAGAAAGAAGCGUGGAUCAUCUUGGGAGUCAAAUAAUCUUUCUGCAGACAUUCCCUGUGUGACAGAUUUAGGUCAACAACAGAUUUCAAGUCCAGAAUUAAAUAGGAAUAAUGAGAUAAAUGAUCAUAUUAACAUAAAGAAUACUACAAUGCAAAGAAAUAAACAGUAUCUUCCUGGCUUAUCUUCCAAGUCUCCUGGUGAACCUAAUGCAGAGUACGUGAAUCAAGUUCAGGAUAAUGAUGACUUUCAAUUGCAGAAAACUGUGUAUGAUGCUGACAUGGAUUUAACUGCUAGUGAAGUAAGCAAAAUUGUGACAGUUUCAACAGGCACUAAAAAUAAAAGUAAUAAAAAAACAAAGGAGUGUGGAACGAAAACUUUCAGAAAAGUGAAAGAUUCAAGCUCUGACAAAAGGAGAGAAAGAUCAAAGAGACAAUUUGAAAAUAGUUCAGAUGUGGAUAUUGAGGAAAAGAUUGAAAACGGACCAGAAAGAAGAUCUGUUGUCCUGGAUGGCAAAAGGGAUUCAGAAGAUCCAGAUUUUAUUUUCAAUACCAAACAGCUGACCCAGGCUGACAUCCUAGAGAAAAUAACCCUUCAUAAUGACUUUGAUCAAGAUGACAGGCAAAAUACACAGUGUAAUAAAAAGAAGAAAAGAAUACAUGUAACAAAUAAACAAGAGGAAACUUAUUCCUUCUCCCAAAGUUCAGAUAAAUUCCGGCAGGAGAGUAAAUUUGAUAUGGGUCAGAAUUCCCUAACUUGUAAUAAAAGUAAAGCUUCUAGACAGACAUUUGUGAUUCAUAAAUUAGAAAAAGAUAACUUAUUCCCAAACCAAAAGGAUAAUGUAACCAUUUCUGAAAACCUAGAAGUCACAAAUGAAUUUCAAACAGCCAAUCUUUCCUCCAAAGAUAAUGGAAAUUUAUAUGAUUAUGAGACCCAGAAUAUGUUGGAUUUCAAUGAGUAUAUCAUUGAUAUGCGACCUGCUGAGCAAAAUGAAUCAAAAAUAAAUAAGCUUAGGAAGAAAGUAAGUCGGAAGACAGAAAUAAUUUCUGGAAUGAACCAAAUAUGUGAGGAUAAUGAUAAAGAUGUAUAUGGCACCCAAAAAGAUAAUGUUUUCUUACAACCCCAAGAGGAUAAAGAAACUAUCUCUGGAAACCUAGAAGUUGCAAAUGAGUUUCAAAUACCUUCUGUUUUUACCAGAGAUAAUGGUGAUUGUGAGGCCCAGGAUGUAUUUGGUUUGCAAAAACAGAUCACUGAUGUAUACCCUGUUCAGCAAAACGAAUCAAAAGUUAAUAAGAAGCUUAGGCAGAAAGUAAAUCGGAAGACAGAAAUAAUUUCUGAAGUGAAUCAUUUAGAUAAAAACAAAAAUGAGCAUUGUCCAGUAAAAGGUAACUCUUUCUUUCUAACCCAAAAGGACAAAGAAAUUAUCCCUAAAAACCUAGAAGACUCAAGUGAGUUUCAAACACCUCUUUUUUCUACUAAAAAUAGUGGAAACCUAUGUGGUUAUCAGACUCAGCAUGUUUUGGGGGUGAAAAAGCAUGUCCAUGAUAUGCAACCUGCUUGUCAGAAUGAUCCAAAAAUAGAUAGGAAGCUUAAACAAAAGGUAUUUCGAAAAACAGAAAUAAUUUCUGAAAUUAAUAAAAUAUAUGAGAACGAUGACAAAGGCGUGCAUGACCGAGAAAAAGGUAACUUCUUUUCUCCAACCCAAAAAGAUAAAGAAACCAUUUCUGAAAACCUACAAGUCACAAAUGAAUUUCAAACAGCUGAUCUUCCCACCAAAGAUAAUGGAAAUUUAUGUUAUUAUGAGACCCAGAAUAUAUUGGAUUUGAAAAAGUCUGUCGCUGAUACACAACCUGCUGAGCAAAAUGAAUCAAAAAUAAAUAAGAAGCUUAGGCAUAAAGUAAAUCGGAAGACAGAAAUAAUAUCUGAAAUGAACCAAAUAUGUGAGAAUAAAGGUAUGGACAGCCAAGAAAACUACAGAAGAGAUCUUGAUUUCAAAAUAAAUAAAUCUAAACAAAAACUUGAAGGCCAAGCCAUUAUUGGUGGAUACUCUGUAGAAAUCAAUAGUAAUGAAAAGGAAAGUUGUGGGCAAAUCUCAGAUCUUCACCAACUAGUUAAAAAAUGUAAGAAAGAAUCAUCAGGCAAAGCAAAGAACAUUUUGACAAAAAGUAAGAACAAAUCUGUUUUGCAGUUAAUAGAUUCUUCAGAGAUACCAAUGUCCUUAGAAGCUGAUUUAAAACAUAAUGCUAGUGAAGCAGAUUCUGAUCCAGGAAAUCCAACUGAAAUACCUAAGACUCAGAAGCAAAGAACUACAACUCUGAAUAAAAAAACAGAAAUCCACUUUGUGGAAGUGAUAAAAGAAGGAGAGUGCCAGGUCAAAAAAGUAAAUAAAAGGACAUCCAAAUCAAAAAAAAGGAAAACCUCCAUAGAUCCUUCUCCAGAAAGCCAUAAAGUAAUAGUUGACACCGUUCAGGGAAAGUCAGUUGAGUCCUAUCAAGCUGAUAAGGAAAACAAUGUGGAGAAUGAGAAAAUGGUCAAAAUUAAGCCAGACUUUUACACAAAAAUGUUUAAAUCUUUAUCUCAGAUAUAUUCACCUAACACACAAGAUUCUUCCUUUGACAAUGUUCAUGAAGGUUCAGUACCUUUGAGUAUUUCUUCUAGUAAAAAUCUGAUAAUAAAAGAAAAUUUUGACCUAGAGUGUUCACCAAGCUUUCAAGUAAAUGACGGUAUGCAUGAGAAGAUGAACGAGACAAAAUGUAAUGUCAACCAGAGAGCACAAAAAUCAGGAAUAGGUGAUAGACCAUUACAGGACUUGACAAAUACAAGGUUUGUUUCAAAUAACACUACUGAACCUGAAAAUAAGUCAGAAGAUCUGUCAUCAGAGGUGCAAAGUAGAAGAAGAAAGUGUACUCCUCUCCAUUUCAAAGAGCCAAGUCUCAGAGACAAAAUGAGAAGAUGAGGUGAAUUUAUGGAUUCUGGUUUUUCUGAAUUCUCAAAGCAUAAUGAGUCAAAACAGAAACAUAACUAGGAUCAAGAAGAUGAAACAUUUGACGAAAAGUUUGCUUUUUUUUCCUCUUUGGCCUUUUCAUGGAGUGUUGAUUUGUCCAUUCUUAUGUUUAGAUAUAUGUGCAUAAAAUAGCACAUAUCUAAAUUUUGUAAUAUUAAACUUUAAAAUCAUUUUGGUCAUCGCCUAACAUCUUCGUGGUUAUUUAAGCUUGUUUCUACCUAAUAGCCUUUAACCAAACAACCAGUUAUUAACCUUUUAACCAAAUAAACUGUGUUAAUUAUUACUUUUGCAUUGGUUAUCUUGUAUACCAAGCUAUCUUGUUUUGUUCCAUUCGGUAUAUGUGAGCAUCUAAAAGGUUUUAAAAGUCACAUCCUACCCUGGCUAGUGUUCUCUUACCCUUCAUUCUUCUACUUUCUGAAAUACUUGUGUUAGGUGUCAGUUUUGUUAUUACUUCCAUUAUAUGUAAUCUGAUGACUUGGGGGACAGAUUAAUCUUUCAAGUUCCUUUGAAUUUGGUUUUUGUAACUAAAAAGAUCACUUAUUAUUCUAGUAAUAAGUAAUAAAUCUUAUUCAUAUCUGAGAUUGAUAUUCAGCUUAUAUUAAAAUUACUAGUCAAACUUUAUGCUGGCUAGAUAGAAAAGCUUUCUUAGAUAAUAUCAGACUACUGAAGGUGUGGGCCCAGAAAUCUGCAUUUAACAAACACUUCAGGGAAGCCUGGAGCAAAUUUUUCUAGUUCUACACUUUGAGAGACUGCCGUAGGGGUACAGGGUACCACAGAACUUAUUCAUAAUAUUAAAGAUGACAUUUCCAACUGCUAAGGUAGAACAGCCACCCAACAAUGUCAGUUGAAUGGAGGCUAGAAGCUUUAUUAAAGUAACAGUCUACACCGUGGUUAAGAGCUUGAAACUCUGACAGUCUUUGUUCUCUUUCCUGAACUAUUACUUUAAGACUUUGGGCCUCCUAGAGUCACUCUGGUAUUAUAUGUUUAUUCCUAUUGUUUCCUUCUAUUUUAUCUUUCUGUAAGAGUUUUCUUUUUUCUGUUACCAUGCAAUUAUUUUUUAUAGUCAUAUUUAUCAACCUUUAUCCUUUACCAUUGCUAGAAUUUAGCCACAGUAGAAAAAAUUUUCCUACUUCCAGGUUAUAAAAACAUUUACCAAUGGCUUCAUUUAUUUUUUAAAUUUCUAAUUCAUGUGGAAUUUGUUUAUUGUAUGGUGUGAAGUAUGAAUGCAAUUUUGACCUUUUCUCUAAAUGAUUCCCUAUUAACUAAAAAGUCCUGUUGUCCACUACUAUUUUGAAAUGCAACCUUUUAAUGUUGUAUUUCCAUGUGCACUUAAAUUUGUUUUUUGAUUUUCUGCUAUCUUCUAGUCUGUGUGUCUUUUUAUGCCCAAUACCAUACACUUUAAAUUAUAGAGACUAGAAGAGUUUCAAAGAUUUCCUCAUAUAGGUUUUGUACAUUUCUUGAUAAAUUUAUGCCUACUUUAUCUUUUUUCUUAGUAGUAUAAAUGAGGUCUUCUGUUUGAUUCUCUCUUCUAAUUACUGUUUGCAUAUAUAAAGACUAUUGAUUUCUGUAUGUUAAUUACUAAACUGUUUUUGUUUGUAGUACUUUUUUCCAGACAUAGCUCCUGAAAACCACACUAUUUUUACCUCUUUGUUCAAUUCUUAUACUUCCCAUUGCUUUCUCUUAUCUUAUGCAUGGCUGCUACUUUAAGUAAAAUGUUAAAUAGUAGUAGGAAUAGUAAGUAUCCUCGUCUCAUCCCUGAUUUUUUAUGGGAACACCUCUGGUUUUAAUUCAUUAAGGAAGAUGGUGGUUUUUGGCCUCGUUAUGUAUAUUUAUAAUCACAUUAAAGUAUAAUCUAUCCAUUAUUA